CACUUAGCAGUGGGCACAGGUGCAGAGGACUUAAAGGAUUAGUUAAGGGUCACAUUCCUACUCAUCAGCUGAGGAACACAGUCCAAAUAGUUGCUUUAAUCCUCAGGCUUGGACCAGAGGGAGGAUCCUCUGCAUUCUGCCAGCCAAUCAGCAUCAACUUCCAAUAAACGAGCCCUUUGAUCGACUUCGAGCUGUCCAUUGUGUCCCCUUUGUGCCCGGCAUUCAGGCAGGACAUACGUAUACACAUCAGCGCUCUGUAUAUUUAGUGGAUGGCCACUUAAUUUUCUCAGUAUGAGAGCGCCGACCGCCGAGGAGUAUUUCGAAGGCUUUCUGAAGCUCAAAGUGCAACGGAACAGUGCACCCGACUGUCAAACUCCUGAAGUGACACCACUGUCAUCGGCCUCAUCAAGGACGGUGACGAGUCUGCAUAUCGACAGGAAGCGGAGCAGCUGGAGCUGUGUUGCGGCCGACACAACCUGGAGCUGAACACGCUCAAGACUGUAGAGAUGAUCGUGGACUUCAGGAGGCAUCCUUCGCCACAGCUGCCCCUCACGUUGUCCAGCCGCCUUGUGUCAACCGUCGAGACCUUCAAGUUCCUGGGAAUUACAGUCUCUCAGGACCUGAAGUGGGCGACCAACAUCAACUCCGUCCUCAAAAAGGCCCAGCAGAGGAUGUACUUCCUGCGGCUUCUGAGGAAGCACCGCCUGCCACCGGACCUACUGAGGCAGUUCUACACAGCGGUCAUCGAAUCGGUCCUGUCUUCUUCCAUCACAGUCUGAUUUGGUGAUGCUACAAAAAAAAGACAAACUCCGACUGCAACGGACAAUCAAAACUGCUGAAAGGAUUGUCGGUACCCCCCUACCCACCAUUGAGGACUUGCACGCUGCCAGAACUAAGACAAGAGCGUGCAAAAUCCUCUCGGACCCUCCGCAUCCCGGUCACCGGCUCUCUCAGAUCCUUAUUCUGGGAAAUGCUGUCAGCAAUUGAAGUCACCAUCAGUCUCCAUCCCCAUAGCCUGGCUCCCGUCACCAUGCCGAAGCUGCUCGAUGAUGCUGAGAUCAUCGGUGUCUACCCUGUCGGCAGCCUUCAGCUGCUGUCUCACAUCGCUCGCCUGCGCCAUUUUCAUCCAAACAACAAUACUAUUCUUUUCUAUAAUUUGCAUGUCAUUCUUACAUUCAUCAUUCUCAAUAAUAGCACGUUUUUCCUCUACCUUCGCCGCGACCGAUCCACGGCUUUCAGCAAGGGGUACCUCCGCCGUCGAGACGGCAUUCACACUCAUAGGCUCAGCCGUCCGCCCCUCAACCUCAACAACCGGACCUGCCUGGACGCGAUCCUCGUGGCUAUCAGCAGCAGCAGGUCUCACUGUAGCAUUGUUAAGCGGGCACGACACCCGUUUAUGACAUAUAUCUCCACCCUCAAAACAUUUCCGACUUCCCGAGCUUGCAUACACCAUAUACAUUCCUUCCUCAUGUAGAACACGGAAAGAAACAUCCAACGUCUGCGUCGGAGAGUCUAAAAACAUGAAAAACUCUCGUCUAAAUGACUGAACAGGCUUCAGUUUUUCAUCCUUACAUCCUAGCCCGACAUUACGAAAACCGCUAGCAAAAUUACCAAAACGCUUUAGCUCUCGUUCCAGCGCCUCGUUCGAAAUAAACGGAGGGACGCCCGACACAGUGAUCCGUGUUGACGGUACGGCCAGCGGGGAAACUGGGAUAAACUCGUCAUUUAGAAUUAAUCCAUUCUCUAUAUGUUCCGUUACAUGUUUCUGAUGUUUAAAAAACACGACCACCGCUUUUCCAUGCGGGAUGCAUGUGAGAUAUGCAUAUAUGCCACCUGUUCGCCAACAGCCAGCAGCACUUGCUCGAUCGUGAAGCUAGGCUGUGGCACAGUCCGUACGCCGUGCCUCAGAGACGGUGGCGUCUCAGGUGGGGCCAUCCUGGCCACGAGGUACGGACAAACCGUAUGAAAACAAAAGCCACCAAAAGCCAACACCGUGAAGAUACAAUAAUCACGCUGUGAGAAAACAUUUACAUAAAUAUACAAAUUUGUUCUUCCAAAUCUCCCUCACACUUCUCUGAAACACACCACCACAGAAGUAGUAGAAGAAGAAGACGAAGAAUCAUUGUUAUUGUCAUGGUUCAAUGAAAAGCACAUAAUAACCUGAGUUUGCCAAAAGUCACCUAAAUUUCUCGAUCCUGAUGAAACCAACAAACCCUUUAGCUUGAAUACCAUAUGUUGGCCAAUACCAUCCCUGCAGUAAAUCAUGGUGGUGGCAGCGUCACGCUGUGGGUAUGUUUUUCAGUGGCAGGACCUGGUAGACUAUACAGGUUAAGAAAAAUGAAUCCAGCGUAGAGAUACUUAAUGAAUACGGCUCCAGAAGGCUCUGGACCUCAUACUGAAGAAGAGAUUCAUUGUUCAAAAGGAUAACAAUCCUCAGCACACAACUUAGAUACAAGUUAGUUAGUAGGACAAGUAUGUGAGUUGCCCAGCCAGAGCACAGGCAUGACUCAAUGGGAUUUCAAACUCGCACCUGAACUGUGAGACAGAAGUGCUAACCUUUAGCACACUGUGCUGCCCAUGACUUUUUUACUUUUUAUUCAAUGUUUCCAGGAUAUAUACACUCCUAAAAUGGGCAUACACUACAAUUUUAGUGUUGUUUUCAAACUAAAUCAGACUAUACAAGUCAUCACCUUUGAAGAUAAUAAAUGCUGCCUUUCUGCAGGUGAGGUGGCUAUUGUCUGCCUGUAGGGGUUGCACCUUGAUCGUGUCAGACAGCCCGGGGAGGGGGGGCGGGGGGGGGGGAAGUUUGUCACUGCAGGCAGCAAGUGCUUUAUUUUUGGAGCGUCCACUUCACAGUGGCUCUCUCCUUCAGGCUCCAGUUCACUAGAGGAUGAGACGUCCUCGUGGCAUUCUGAGCCGGGAUUAACAAGCAGAGAGCAGUUUGUCCCAACAUCCGCUCACCAAAGGACUUGAUAUGCUGAUAUGCUGAUGGAAGUAAACGACAGGUUUGAGUCUGGUCUUUCCCAGCGAUAUCCUCCACCGUUACUGCCAAAACCUGCCAAAGACAAUGUGAGACUUCAGAAACUAAAGAUGAAGAGAGUCAAGAAAAAAGUUAGUCUUUCUCAGACACCCAUCCCAUUUCGUUCCUGCUUAUCACCUGUCAAUGAAGCCAGCACAGAUCUCGAGCACAGUGACCUUUCUAGCCCACCAAAGACACCUGAUUCAGUCUGCACUGUGGAAUCCUUGUGUUCCACUUUCCCACUGGACUCUUUGGAUCAAUCAGCAUCUGCAUUUCCUCACCUUGAAAGCAGCUACUACAAACAAAUUGACAAUGUUCUGCCACCGACCUACAAAAGACAGAUAAGGACUUCUGAAGAGCAGGUGGCACCACUAUAUGAAUGCUCCACAUUCUUAUUUGAUGAAUUGACUCCUGGCAUGAUGCCACCUAUAAAUUCAACCCCCGUACCAAGAAUGAAGCAGGUUCCACUAUACUCACUUCAAGCUGGUUUCGAUUCAGUAUUACCAAAUUCCCUUACGUCAGUCAUAACAGUCCAUCCUGUCACUGUGUCAGAGCCCAAUCCUAAAAUAUCAACUCAUAACAUGACACAAUCCUCAGCCAUCCUUAACUAUGGUCCAGACCUAACACCUUCUCAAGUUGCAGAUCUGCCUCCUGUUCCAGUGCUGUUAUCAAUUGCAAACACAGAAAAAGACCAUUUUAGGCAUAACCAUAUAGAGACAAACACUAUUUCAAAAAAGCGUACUCUACUCCAUACAUCAAUAUCUUGGACCCCCAGACCUAUCAGUAGUGGUAACUUUGUAAGGCAGUUAUCCCAAGAAACUAGGUGUGAUGGCCCCGAAAAUUUGAUGUAUACAUCAAAAGCAACAAUUAAUGAGAUCACUAAGCCUCCUUCCAAUCAAGACCUCACAACAGUAAACCCAACCUACAAAGAAGAGUCAUUAGUAGUUACAUACAUGGGGGGGAAAGCUGCAGAGGAAACAAAAGAUCUGAAACCAGCUGUGCCCAAACUCUUAUGUGGAAAACACAAGGCUGCCUCUUGCACACAGUCAAGAGUAUCCACUCGCUCUUGCAAAACAUAUAAAACUGAUCCUCUAUUAUCUGUAACAAGUACAGCUUUGAAGUCCUGCCAAAAUGGAUUUGCUCCCUCAAUUUCCACAGAGUCUCUUGGUCGUAAAGUGUAUGCUGCUAAAAAUGAAGUACAGCAGAAUCUUAAUGACAUUUAUAACAAAAGGCAAAAUACCAGUUACAGAGGGAUUGUUGUUCAAAAUACCUGUACGAAUACUCUGAAUUUAAGCUUUCCCACUGACGCUCUCAUUUCUCAAGAGACUUUGACAUCAAAUGUUGCUAUGCCUGACGCUGCCCUUAUAGAUUCCAUCCCAAACCUGAAAACAGACCAAAUUUCAGAAAGAGAAGCUGCACAUUUGCCCAAAGUCCCAUCAUUUCUCUGCACCGCACCAAAGACUCCUACAGGAUUGAUUUAUCCAAAAGGACCCACAAGUUUGAGCUACCUUUUGCCCACCUAUCAUUGUCCAGUUGUCGAGGCGCGCAAGUCUUUGUCAUCACUACUGGAGAAUCAAAUAUCAUUAGCCACCUCCAAAGCAAAAGCACAAUCAACAUAUCAUGGACUUACUCCACUUCAGUAUGCUGCUAAUGGUGGGAUUCAGACUAUAAAAUCAUAUCAAAGCCUUGUACCCCGCAGAAUAGAGCUGACCUCUUUGACCAAGGUACAAUUAGAGGAUGAUGUUUUUUUCUCAAAAUUGGAUUCAACAAAACAAAGUAAUGGACACCAAAAGCUGCCAGCAUUGGAGAGUGAUACUCCAAACACUGUGAAACUCGUUUCAACGUCAAAGGAUGCAAAACUUCAAGCAGAACGGACUGUCAAAAAUAAGAAAGAUGUAUUUGAGAAAAGUCAUGAAGUCAAAACUCAGCAUUUGGAAAUACCUUCAUUUGAAACAUCUAGUUUGAAAAAAAUAAGACCUGAGCUUCCCUUUGGCGUGGUACAGAAACAUAUUUGUCAGUCUACAAGCGAUGUAUCUACACGAAAGGCCUCAUACUCUGAGGUUCCAAUUCCAAUUCCUAAAGCAGGUGAGGUAUACACACAGACUGUGACAAUGUUUCCCAGAGAGAGAGCUUUAAAAAUGACCCCAUCCCUAAACAAUAGCAAUAGUUUCUCUGAUUCAAUGACCAAAACUGGUAAAGCAAGAUUCAAAUACAGAAACACAGUGUAUUCUAAAAGUGAUAGAUGUAGAGAAAUGUGCAAAAGAUGACAAGAAAUACCCAAUUUCAGAAUCAGACUACUUUUGAAGAACUUAAUCUCAUAAAUUCCAAGCAGAAGCUUGGCAAAAGUUUGAGUGGUGUUGCCUCAUUAUCAGCCAAUAAUCUAAAUAACUGACCAAAAACCAAGCCUUUUGUCAAAAUGGAAAACAAAGCCUUACACAGACAAGGAGGAGAGUUUAAACAAAAAUUAAAAGCCAGUCCAGAAUUUAUUCUACAGAGUAAUGUUGACAUUGAUGACAUUUUGCCCUCUGCCGUGGCCACUACUAACAAUAUCUCUGAAAAAGCAAACAGUGGCUGGCAAUUUGAAACUGAAUUUAAAAACCCAAUUAUCACUACUACAGAAUCAGUGAUUCAACAUGAGCCUAUAACUCCUUCUUUAUGUUGUGCACACAACCACAAACUCGGUGAUACAGUAGGCCACAAAAUGUGUUUCCUCAGAGACGGUUUUGUUUCGAAAACAUCUCCUAGCACUGUAAAUACUUUGUCAACCAAUAACCCUAUGCUAGAUACCAAGCUCCCUGAAAUACCAAUGAUUACAACCAAAUCCCCUUUGCAGAGACCAACAACAAAAUAUAGAAACUAUAAAUCUUCACAAAACAAGUAUCAAUGGAGUUCCAGACUCCAGAUUGCAAGGUAAAGUUAGCCAUGAAGCAAGUGGCAAUGUUAACCCCAGCUAGGCCUCAACAUAUAGACCACUAGCAUCUCUAACAAUACAAAAUGGUGCUGAAAAUAGUAGAGACAUGAGCAAAGCAAAUACGAAAGGCCAAGCAUGCCAACCAAAUGUGCCUUGGCUGCCAACCAAUAGCUUUGGUUCUGUGGCUGAAAAAUUACCUGGGGAAUCUUUUCCCGGCAUAUCUGUAAUGGCAAGAAAUUAAAAAGCUAAAUUUACUGAUACCCAAAAUACCUCUAAGCUUUCAAAUGGAAACACACUGCUCAACAUUCUUGACAGUAUAGGUAAACAAUCCAACACACAAUUUGCAGGAUCACCGUCUUUCAGCAAGUGACAUAACAGUGACAUAACAAACAUGGUUUCCCCUGUGGAAUUCGAUGAUCUUAACAACAGCCUAAAAGAUAAAGGUGUUCCGGAAACGAUGAACUCAAAACAAAUGUAACUUUGGAAGCAAUCUACCUGUCACCGAGGUUACUUCAACAGACCCAGUGGUGGGUGGUAAACCAUUAUGUACUACACCCCACAUGAAGCUGAAUGUGAUGUCAAGCCGUACAAUGACACGUGUGACUCAAAAAAGUCCUCAUCUAAGAAGACCAUCUGCAACAAAGCCUGUUAUCAAUGCAAUAGCUGAAAAUACUGAAAAUAGACCACUUUUCACACCACUUGAGGAGACUAUAAUUCAAAAUCCUGUUAAAAGUGUCUUUAAUUUGAAUAACUAUGUUCCUGCAAACAUACUGAAUAGUCAAAACGCAUUGUCUGAUGAACAAGUUCAAACUUCUGUGAAUUUGACAGCCAUUCAUACAAGAGUGGAACAAAUGAAGCACUUUGCCAAAGAAGCCAGUAAAGCUGUGGAUACUGACAUUCAUUAUGUAAAUAUUAAAAACAUUUCAAAUAGUACUGAAAAUACGCAAAAUGCUAUGACUAUUCACUUGUUCACUACAAUAACUCAAUCGGUCCCUGCCCCACUGAGCCCAAAUUUUUGAUUGGCCCACGAGCCUCCUUGUUGCUUGCAAGAAUCAAGAUUUUGUAAUAAACCAACACAGGAAUUUAAUUAGAUUUUUCGCCAGUCCCAUCAUGCUCCUGUGAACAAUGUCCCCUCCACAGUACUUGUGCAAAAUGAGAAAAUGAAUCUAAACACAAUUUGUAGCACUGCUCAGGUUUGUAUUAAACCAGAUUCCCAAUCAAAAAACAUUAAAACUAAGCUAGAGUUAAAUAUGGAAACCAAAACAUCGCUCUAUCAUUUGACUGGCAAACCCACUCCAAACACACAUCCUUCUAAGCAGGCUGAAAUCAGCCCUUCAUCUGCCACUGUAGAAAGAAAACAUUCUGUUGUAAGCUUGCACAAUCCAUUCCAGGCGAAUCUUUCUGCCAGUCAGGAUCAGCAUUUGACAGAGCAGCCAAUUGACAACAUUUCCCCUGCACAUCCAACAACAGAUACUGACAUGAAAUUAUCCAUAGUCGGAGCUGCUGUGAUUGAUUCUGCCACUCCUGCCUCUCUGCCUCAGGCGUCAGUGUCAGUCUCAACUCCAUCCCCAUACAAAGGAAUGUCACUCCUAUCUCAGCAAAUCACUGGACUCAAAGACAAGGGUGUUUUCAAGAUGAGGGACACACCAGGAAUGAUGCCGAGACCAGCAGUCCAACCCUCCAUGAAGUCAGCGACAUCAACUGCAUCUUCAAUUGCUAGGAAAAAAAAACAGUUAGACAAGAAACCUCUCUUUUAUCCACUGAGCCUAAGGCAGCCCAAAACCCAAAUGGCCUUAAGACUAAAAUCAGUGGAUGGACACAGCCCAAGAAACACAUGGUGGUUGAACCAGAGGAACCUGCCUUUCCAGAACCACAGGCCAAAUUUCAAGAUGAGUCCUGUGACAACUAAAAGUCAGAUAGUGAUUUUAAGGAGAAGUUGUCAGCAGACCAAUGUGAUAAUCAAGAUAUGGUCAAGAACAAAGAAUGUCCCAGAGCACUAAAGAUGUGGGAUACUCUUCUGUUUCAGAUGUUCUCCACUAAAAAACGAAUCAUGCACCAGAUCAACACCACCAAAAAAGAUUCUGAAAAGGCAAAAGGCUCCAAAGACAACCAGGCAGAGGUUCCGUCCUUUGUCAGUCUCCUACCAGUUUUGGUACAGUACCAAUUUGAUCAAUUUUUAGCAUCAAUUUGAUGCUAAAAAAAUAAAAGAGGCAGCAGAGAAGCCAUUGACAAAAAUAUCAACAGUGUUUGAAAGGGUACUCCUAAAACGGAAAAACUCAGGAGGAGAUUCGCAAGGACUUUAACAGAAUAGCAGAGGAUUUGGACCGACUUAAAAGAAAUGUAACUUGGACACAUGUGUUUGCGGUUGAUUGAUUAGUCAUUCAAUCAUUGGAGAUGAGAGGAAAAACCCCUGUGAGAGAACACUAAUCCAAGUAUACACAAAUGUGUUCAGUUAAGCCAAAUUAAGAAGCAAAAUUAAGUGGGGGAAAAAAAAUGCAAUAUUGAUCAAACCUUCCUUAAGUACUGGUCACUCAUCAUGCAUUUGCAUUUUUUAAAAACAUGGUCUUAAUGGUGGAAAUAGUUGGGGGCAGCGUGUUUACUGUGAAUAUGCAUCAUGUGCAUCUUACAGAUGUAAAUCAGAGGAACCCUUUUAAUUUGAUCACAGAUUCAGAGCCAGAGUCGAUUACAGUUGUACUGUAGAGAAUAAGACUAUAUCAUUUGCCUUGCUACAUCUUUGUAUUUAUAGGUGUUAAAUGGUGAGUUCUAAACCACAGGACUAAAUAUGGAUUUAAAAAACCUAACUCAACAUAGACGAUGCAUUUUUUAAUGAUUAUUGGAUAGAGAGUUACUGUAAAUCAGGCAUGGAGGGAAAUUCGUAUGUCAGUCGAUGUUUGGAGAAUCAACCAAGUCAGGAAAACCAAAGUGGAGAUACAGUAUGGUGAUCGAAUGAUCUCCAUUUCAUUUUCUGUACCGCUUAUCCUCACUAGGGUCGCGGGAGUGCUGGAGCCUAUCCCACCCAUCUUCGGGCAAGAGGCGGGGUACAUUCUGAACUGGUUGCCAGCCAAUCGCAGGGCACAGAUAAACAAACAACCAUUCGUACUCACAUUCACGCCAACGGGCAACUUAGAGUUCAAUCAACCUACCACGCAUGUUUUUGGGAUGUGGGAGGAAACCGGAGUACCCGGAGAAAACACACGCAGGCAAGGGGUGAACAUGCAAACUCCACACAGGCAGGGUCGGGAUUUGAACCCCGGACCUCAGAGCUGUGAGGCACAUGUGCUAACAAGUCUGUCACCGUGCCGCCGAUCUAAUGAGCUGUGCAAUGUAAAUGUUUAGAAUGGAACUGUGAAUCAAAUGACAGCAUGGCUGUUUAAUGUGGGCCUGUAAUUAUACAAACAGUAAUAAUACUGAGCUAAGGUUGGAAUUUUUAAGUUAAUAAUGAUGAUGUCAUGCUAGUUGGGUCUUCUGUAUGCAGACUAUGAAAGAAAAAGCAAGUGAUAGAAGAAAAUGUGUUACCACUAUAUAUUAGUGUUCGAUUUCACAGUUUAAGGGGUCAUUUCUGCUGUGUGUUCUGCAAGAGUACGCAUAGAGUGGUUGUAAAGGUUUUGACUCUUGAAUGUCUCCCACAGUCUUAAAAUGAAAAUGAUCUUAAUCAUAUGGAAUUUCUUUGAGGCUUCUUUAACCCAAUAAGCUAUCUAGAGUCUCAUUUAUUAUUAUUACUCUGUUCACUCUGUAGUGCUGACAAAGAAUGCAUACAUUUGAAUUCCACGGCUUUUUAUUUCCUGCACUUUUUAAACACUGUAUUUAGUUUGUAAUUACAAUUCAAUAAAAGUGGAAGAUGAUCCAUAGUUCCAAUUAGGUAGUGUCCUGAAAGACAAACCUAGUGAAUGUGUUUCCAUUAUAUAUCUUCUGGUACCUCUAAGAACAUUUAAGGCUCUAUAUUGAAUGUAAACAUUUCCGUUAUUUGAACAUUACCCUAACAUAAACAGUAGAUAAAACUGUUAAGUUAUCCAUCCAUCCAUAAUGGAACAAAAUACGCUCUUGUGAAACCGGGUGACAAAAAGAAAACCACAUUAAUUAAAGUCAUCUUAGACUGGACAACUGCUUUUUUCAUUUGCUUGAAAUGGAUUCUAUGCCAACUGUAAUAUGUCCUUCCUUCCACAUUGAUGAAUGUUGCAUACGGUGACAAACCUGAAAGAGGAUGUGAGUGUGUAACCUGGCUUGACAAUUUUCAGCAUCCCCAAAAUAAACGAAAUAAAAUGACAACCAAGACCAGCAUAGCAGAGAGACAAAAGUGAAAGUGAUUGCCGAACGACAACGACGAAAAGAACGCCAACGGACCCCUUAUAUGAUCGGAGGCAAUGAGGUCUAGAAGAAUAGUUUUCAGAUUCUUAUGGGGUGAGUUUUCAACGAUGUUACGGUCGUGUUUAUUUGAAGUUUUGACAAAGAUGAAAAUGUUCCGGGUGGUUGUUACUGCGCAAAUCUGACUGCAAAAAGUGUUUUCGGCAUCGAAAAUCACACAUUUAUAGAAUUGGGAAACAAUAGAAUACAAAAUAGAGGUGACUCACUAUUAUUAUUCUUGUUUACUGUGAAGUUUUAAGUAAAUCUGACGAUGCGCUUGCUCUCAGUGUGACCCGAAAAAUGACAUGACUCGAGCACAGGCCGCCAUUGUUUGUGGUUUACUCAAAAUCACUGUAAACUCAAAAUCACUGGAAGAUUGAAAUUUUAGCGAUUGGUGGCGAUUAUAUGCUAAAUUGCUUUUGAUAAUGACUAUUUUUGGUGUUGCAGUAUUUUGGUGAAAAUAUCAAUCAGUGUCUCAAGCAGCAGCCGCUGCCAACAUCCCCAUUAGUUCCUGGGGUCCACUUAUAAUCCAUCCAUCUGUUUUCUGAACCAUUUUUCCUCACUAGGGUCACUAGGGUGUGCCGGCGCCUAUCUCAGCUGACUUCGGGCGAGAGGCGGGAUACACCCUGAACUGGCCGCCAGCCAAUCGCAGGGCACAUAGAGACAAACAACCGUUUGCACUCACGUUCACAUCUACGGACAAUUUAGAGUCUUCAAUUAACAAACCCACGCAGGCACAGGGAGAAUAUGCAAACUCCACACAGGCGGCGCCGGGGAUUUAGACUUGAUCAGUUUAACAGAGCAAAGUGAAGUAAGUGUAAGCAAGUAGAUGAGUGAAGUAAAUCAUUACACUAUCUACAACAAUGAAACGUUAAAUAUGAGUGUUGCAUGGGGCUGUAGUGCUACACCCUGUGAGGGAAGGACAGGAAAAGAUAGAAAGGGACAAGGAUAGGAGAAGAAGCAUGCAGGACCAGGGUCGUGAACCCGGCUGUACAACUGAAGUGUGGUGGCUUCAAUUAUGUAACUUAUAAAAGUGUACAGGACAAGAGUAUAAGUGACGGGGAUACACAAGCGAUUUGCAUAUUCAUAAGUUAUUUGUUGCAGUAAGGGGUGUGUGCCUACGGAUACAUGCAAGUGAAUUGAUACCGUUUUACAUGCACAAAGACUGACAGAAGUGUCCUGUAAUUGCUGUAGCCGCACCAGAAAUGUGUCCUUAUGCCCUGACUUUCAGGGUCGCCCUUUUGAGGUAUGUGAUCCAAUGGAACCAAUGCGCCACCAUUUUGAGCUGUGUUUUUCAUUCACCCACAGCCAAUUACUCGCUUACCACUGUAGUGUAAAAAGCUUACAUAAUUUACUUCCAUAAUUUGGGAAAAGAAAAAGUUGGGAAUUAGACACUAACUGCCAUCAUGUCUUCCCUCACGACAUCCAUCAACCUUCUCUUUAGUCUUCCUCUAGCUCUAUUACCUGGCAGCUCCAUCCUCAUCAUCCUUCUACCAAUAUACUCACUAUUUCUCCUCUGGACGUGUCCAAACCAUUUAAGUCUGCUCUCUCUAACUUUGUCUCCAAAACAUCGAACCUUGGCUGUCCCUCUGAUGAGCUCAUUUCUAAUUUGAUCCAACCUGGUCACUCGAAGAGCGAACCUCAACCUCUUCAUUUGCGCCACCUCCAGCUCUGCUUCCUGUAGUCUCUUCAGUGCCACUGUCUCUAAUCCGUACAUCAUGGCUGGCCUCACCACUGUUUUAUAAACUUUGCCCUUCAUCUUAGCAGAAACUCUUCUGUCACAUAAAACAACUGACACCUUCUUCCACCCAUUCCAACCUGCUUGGACCUGUUUCUUCACUUGCUGACCACACUCACCAUUGCUCUGGACGGUUGACCCCAAGUAUUUAAAGUCCUCCACCCUUGCUAUCUCUUCUCCCUGUAGCCUCACUCUUCCCUCACCACCCCUCUCAUUAAUGCACACAUAUUCUGUUUUACUUCAGCUAAUCUUCAUUCCUCUUCUUUCCAGUGCAUGCCUCCAUCUUUCUAACUGUUCCUCCAGCUGCUCCCUGCUUUCACUGCAGAUCACAAUGUCAUCUGCAAAGAUCAUGGUCCACGGGAAUUCCAGUCUAACCUCAUCUGUUAGCCUAUCCAUCACCACUGCAAAAAGGAAGGGUCUCAGGGCUGAUCCCCGAUCCAAUCCCACGUCCACCUUAAAUUCGUCUGUCACACCUACAGCACACCUCACCGCUGUUCUGCUGCCCUCGUACAUGUCCUGUAUGAUUCUAACAUACUUCUCUGCCACUACAGACUUCCGCAUGCAGUACCACAGUUCCUCUCUGGGUACUCUGUCAUAGGCUUUCUCUAGAUCUACAAAGACACAAUGUAGCUCCUUCUGACCUUCUCUGUACUUUUCCAUCAACAUCCUCAAGACAAAUAAUGCAUCUGUGGUACUCUUUCUAGGCAUGAAACCAUACUGUUGCUCGCAAAUACUCACUUGUGUCCUGAAUCUAGCCUCCACUACUCUUUCCCAUAACUUCAUUGUGUGGCUCAUCAACUUUAUUCCUCUAUAGUUGGUCUGGUCAAAAACUCCACAGCCACCUCUCCUAGAUGCUUCCAUACCUCCACAGGAAUGUCCAAAGGACCAACUGCCUUUCCAUUUUUCAUCCUCUUUAAUGCCUUUCUAACUUCCCCCUUACUAAUUAAUCAUUGCCACUUCCUGGUCCACCACACUUGCCUCUUCUACUCUCCCUUCUCUCUCAUUUUACUCAUUCAUCAACUCCUCAAAGUAUUCUUUCCAUCUAGCUAGCACACUGCUGGCACCAGUCAACAUAUUUCCAUCUCUAUCCUUAAUCACCCUAACCUGCAGCACAUCCUUCCCAUCUCUAUCCCUCUGUCUGGCCAGCCAGUAUAGAUCCUUUUCUCCUUCUUUAGUGUCCAACCAGGCAUACAUGUCAUCAUAUGCCUCUUGUUUGGCCUUUGCCACCACUACCUCUGCCCUGUGUCGCAUCUCAAUGUAUUCCUUUCGCCUCUCCUCGGUCCUCUCAGUGUCCCACUUCUUCUUAGUGGGACAGUCUUCUUUUUCCUUGUAUGAUUUAUUUUUCCUUGUAUGAUUUCCUGUACUGUGAGGUUCCACCACCAAGUCUCCUUCUCUCCUUUCCUGCCAGAAGAUACACCAAGUACUCUCCUGCCUGCCUCUCUGAUCACCUUGGCUUCAGUGGUCCAGUCUUCUGGAAGCUCCUCCUGUCCACCGAGAGCAUAUCUCACCUCUUCCCGAAAAGCUGCACAACACUCGUCCUGUCUCAGCUUCCACCACACAGUUCUCUUCUCAGCCUUUGUCUUCCUAAACUUCCUCCCCACCACCAGGGUUAUCUUACACACCACCAUCCUAUGCUGUCUAGCCACACUCUCCCCUACCACGACCUUAGAGUCGGUAACCUCCUUCAGAUUACAUCGUCUGCACAAGAUGCAAUCCACCUGCGUGCUUCUACCUCCGCUCUUGUAGGUCACCCUAUGUUUGUGCCUCUUCUGGAAAGAAGUGUUCACUACAUCCAUUUGCAUCCUUGUUGCAAAGUCUACCACCAUCUGUCCCUCGAAGUUCCUUUCCUGGAUGCCGUACUUACCCAUCACUUCUUCAUCGUCCGGUGGCGGACGUCGUUAACCCGGGCCACAACCGAUCCGGUAUGGAAUUCUUUGGAUGAACGCUCAUAUUUGUUUGGCAAGGUUUUAAGCCGGAUGCCCUUCCUGACGCAACCCUCUGCAUUUAUCCGGGCUUGGGACCGGUCUACAGUUUGCACUGACUUGUGCCCCCCAUAGGGCUGCAUUCAUGGUAGGUUAAUUGAAAACUCUAAAUUGUCCGUAGGUGUGAAUGUGAGUGCGAAUGGUUGUUUGUUUCUAUGUGCCCUGCGAUUGGCUGGCAACCAGUUCAGGGUGUACCCCGCCUCCUGCCCGAUGAUAGCUGGGAUAGCCUCCAGCAUGCCUGCGACCCUAGUGAGGAGAAGCGGCUCAGAAAAUGAAGGGAUGGAAGGAUGGAUGGAUUUAAGAUAACGAGACAAUUUUCCCGCUUUGUAUUGUCCCACGCUCAUCCUCUUUAAUACCUGUAACGAAUGUUUCAAAUGUUAUGUCGUUGUUGAGAACACCACUAUUUUCAAUGUGGAAUUUGUGUGGUGUGAAGUGAAACAUUUCAUCUGGUUCAGUUGACAACAAAUUCGACAUCAGACAUUCAAGUUUGCAGCAAUACAGUCACUCGUGGCGUUCAUGUAAAGUUCUUAAAAUAUUAACUUCCAGCCAAGUCCAGUACAGACUGUGUUUCAUAAGCCCGUGUCUGUAGUGACGUUCCAUCGCCUGUCGCUGUUGGGUCGACAGGCGGAUCAGUGCAGCAUCUGCAGUGAUGCGGACUUUGUAUCGGUACGUUGUGGUAAAGAAGGAGCUAAGCCGAAAGCCGAAGCUCUCAAUUUACCGGUUGAUCUACGUUCCUACCCUAACCUAUGGUCAGAAGCUGUGGGUCGUGACCGAAAGAACAAGAUCCCGGAUACAUGCGGCCGAAAUGAGUUUCCUCUGCAUGGUGUCCGGGCUCUCCUUUAGAGAUAGGGUGAGAAGCUUGGUCAUCCGGGAGGAGCUCAGAGUAGAACCGCUGCUCCUCCACAUUGAGAGGAGUCAGAUGAGGUGACUGGGGCAUCUGAUUCGGACGCCUCCCGGACGCUUCCCUGGUGAGUUGUUCCGGGCACGUCCCACCUGGAGGACACCCCAGAGACGACCCAGGACACGCUGGAGAGACUACGUCUCUCGGCUGGCCUGUGAACGCCUCGGGAUCGCCCCGGAAGAGCUGGAUGAAGUGGCUGGGGAGAGGGAAGUCCGGGCAUCCUGCUAAAGCUACUGCCCCCGUGACCUGAUCUCGGAUAAGCAGUAGAAAAUGGAUGGAUGGAUGGAUGCCUAAAUUGGGAAUAAUGUAAUGAAUUAUGUGUAUGAUUGAUGGCACAAAAUAUACCUAAAUUGUUGAUCGGAUACAUGUUCAGGAAACUAUGAUUGCAAUUAACCACGGAUAUUACAACUGUCCACCAGAUGGUGCCAGAAAAAAAGAUACUACAAAAGUCCACCAGAGGAAGCCAUAAAUAAAGGUCAACCAAUCAUAUGCAACCACAAAUUGUCCACAAGAUGGAGCCAAAGUAGAGGUUAAAAGGUCAUGUAAAUUUUUCUACACAGAAAAGCCAAUCCAGUUAUACUCAUUUGCUUGCUCAGUGCACAUUAGCAAACAUAUAUAACCUGUAACAGCUUAUUACAUAUAUUUUGGUAACUAAGUGUUAGGAACCCACAAUCAUUGGUGCCCACACUGUGUUAUGUGAGAUAGAUGUAAUAGGACCUUUCAUUGUAUAAGUGGUAGUCGCAAUGAAAUGUUAUUUACUGAAUACAUUUUGUGUUUUUAAUGAUGCUUGAUGAUGUUGAUGAUGAUUGGUGAUUUAAUGAAGAAUGUUUUGUGUACACAUACACUGUUACAUGAUUGAUCAGGUGAGAGCUACCCUUGGCACUAAAGUGACACAGAGGAUUAGUUAACAUAAUGUCCACUAGAUGGAGCCAUGCUUGACAUAGAGGGUUUGGUAAUAUAAUGUUCGCUAAAUGGAGCUAAGCUUAAUCACGUUUUGUCUACAUGACAACACAGGACAAAUACUGAAGACUGGAAAUGAACAACAGGGUAAAGUAAAGUAAAACGUAGCUGGCGAGACGUUUCAGUCCACUUCGGGAAAUUACCAUUGCGUAAACUCUAUUCCCAUUGUAUGAGAGCUGUAGCCUAACUUCGGUUUUUGAGCGUUACUGUUGUUACCUUUUAAAGGCAGAAAAUGGAAAUGAACCUAUUGUUUUUAAGCAUUGUUAAUAUUACCUUUUAAGGACAUGUGAGUGAGCCGGCCCUGGAUGGCUCUGUAGUGCUCUUAUUCACCAGAGUAAACCCAGGAGGGUUGACCUAAAGCCCCUGGUAUGGCUAUUCUAUAUAAGCCCAAAAACUAUUGCUUUUAGUGCUCUUGCUUGCCCGUCGGUCAGCAACUGAGGUCCAGCAGCUUAGUCUCAUAUCUAUCUUUGUGUAAGAUGCAGAAUGAUUAAAGAGGUAGCUUUUGAAAAGACAGUUUGAAGAACCUUUGACAGAGAAUAGGCAAGAUCAAAAUAGAGGAGUUUUGCAACAACCCCAGGGACUGAGCCCUUGACGUCUCACUUCUAAACCCACGGCUAAUCUCAACACAAAUUUUGGAAAAGAAGCUCGGAGGAAUGCUCGACCUGAUCAAUCAAAUUUCCUUUCCUAUUACUUUAAGAAUGAUGGGCAUAGUGUUAACCAUGUUAGCAGACAUAACACUUUGCCAACAUUGCCUGUGACUAUUUUACUCCCAUUUUGAAAGGUUGUUUUGGCUAUAAUUUAAAUAACAGGUCCUGACUGUUGUAUCCAGACCAUCUAAUUUUCCUAGGUCAGUACCAUGUACAAAAGAUCGUGAGAGAGAGAGAGCAGCUUUAAAGAAAUGUGGUUAGAGUUUCACUUGACAUUUGCUAAGGUACUCUGUCGAGGUGUUGGCUAACUUAAGCGGGACCGACGCUUCAUGAGGGGCUGUGAGGGAAUCUCUUUCGACACCGGCUCGAGCGAGCUCCGUCGCCGUUUACGGUCCACUGUGUAAUACACAGGGAUAACGAGGAGCUUUAACCCUUUAAAUGGAGAGCCGGUCAGGACUCCCUUAGUGCCUCAGGUGCAGGAGGCCGGAGUUUAGGGUCAUGUGGGAAUCCCUUCAGCAUUACAAUUCUUCAUGUAGCAAUAAUUUUCUGAUAUUUUAAAGUCCAUCGACCCAUAUCACCUCCAUCUCUUCCACCUUUUCCUACUCCCUAGCACUUUCUCUCCACUCUAAAUGUAGACACACACACACACACACACUGCCUGCUUUUCCUUUACCUUCUCACUCUUACUUGGGCAUAUUUCCACAGCUGUUGCUCAUUCAAAAUUGGAAACUAACGAACUGAAUUUUUCUAUUAUAUAAGGCACUUCAGCAAAGAACCAGAUCAACAAAUAUUUUGUAUGGGCAAACUCUCACAUUAGUUGAGUGGCCUACAGUUUAGCACUGCUAAUAGUUGAAGCGAAAUAAGGCCAUAGUUUUUUGAUAAACUGUUUCAAACUCCCACCCAUUUUCCGUACCGCAUUUUCUCUCUUUCCUGAAAUUAUAUUUCCAACUGUUUCCUUUUUUUUUUUUUUUUAAAGGUUGAAUCUGUGAAAGGGCAUGUGAGAAUGUUAAGUGUGUGGAAAAUCAGUAUCAAGCAUGAAUUGCUUAGACAUUGCCAACACGUGGCGUUCUUGAAAACAGGUUGCUGCAUUCUGCCCAUAUGCAAUUGUUGAUGCACAAGACUAUGGAAAGGUCUUUUGAACCACAUAUAUCCUGUUCACAAAAUUCAAACAUCUUCAGUACCAUCGGACCUAUAUUUUCAUGUCAAGAAUAUGUCUGGACAUGCCUUCGGGACAAUCCUCUGAAUGUAGAUUGGGGAGAGGGGGGGAGAAAAAAAAAAAAAAAAAAAAGUUUUAUUUUUUUUAUUUGAAAAUGUCAUAAGCAAACCCUCCGAGAUUGUUUUUUUUGUUGUCAGACUACUCACAAAAGAUAAAUUUAUCUUGGAAAUGUAAACAUUUAUGCUCCACAAUUCCACAAUCUAAUUAUUGAAGUAAGUACAACCCCAUGUAAGUAACUGCCAAGUAAGGCACCAGGUAAGGGGGGCGGAGUCAUUACAUGGAAAUAAAUGCACAUUGAUCUGGAAUUUUUCAGACGCAAUGGGCUCAAACAAGUAUUUGCAAGGAGGGGGAAAUAAAUUUAAAAAUAAAAAAUAAAAAAACAAUCUCUGGAAUGUAAAGAUUUACAUACAACACCUAACAAGGCAUUUAUAGAACCUGGUACAACCUGUUACCAAUACACACUUCUGCAAUUCAAAAGAAACUCCAAUAUUCAUGGUAAAACAGGUUUGCAAGGAAGAUGGAAUAGAAAAUAAAACUCAACUUCAUCUCUGGAAUGUUACGUACCUAACAAGGUCUAUAAAACCAGGUACAACCUCUUACCAUUACACACUUGAGCAUUUUAUUUUGAGAGAGACCCCAAACGAUACAAUAUACCCAAGCAAGCCGGGGUUGUGACCUAGGAAAUAUGCAUAGGUGUUAAACCUUUCCAGGGGAGUGGGCAUGGCUGAUGGGGCGUGGUCAGACAUAAAGUCACAUGUUAUAGACGUGAGGCGUGGCUUUAAGUGACAUCAUUUAGCACAGGUGUGAUCAGAAAUGACUUGCUGCAGGUCUGACAGUUAGUGACAUUUGUUUUCUUUUUACCCUGUUGCAAUGAGGCACAGGUGUCCCCUAAAGACUUGUACUAAUUCAGAUCAGCUGUUCUGGACCGGAAUGAUCCCAGUUGUUUUAGCUAAGGUGAAGUCAAUUAAAAAUUUUGACCCUGCUUGCUGGAAUACCCCCCAGACCACCGGCAAGGUUACAGACUUCACGAAGACCCUUGAGUGUCACGCUAGAGACAGACUUAAAACAAAUAGUACAGAACAGUACAAACAAACAUGCUUCAAGAAUAUAUGCAGUGAAUAGCAAUGUGAAAAUAUAAUUUACCUCAAUUGCACAACUAAUAUAGCCACAACAACACCUGUAAAAGCAAAACAUGAACUACAGAAACAAGGGAUAAAACCUCAAGUGAGAAAAAGGACAGGAAAAUCAAGCUUGAGACUUUUUCUUUAUUGAGAACACAAUCCCCGGGGGGGGGGUGACAUACAAUCAGUGGCGAGAUCGUAUUACAAAACUAAGAGCACAUACUGUAUAUCCAAGGUUUUAAUGGCUUUUGAAGUGUCCUAAUAUAUUGUUUGACUUAAUUUUACCAUCCCUAUAUAUUUAACUGUUGAAAUAUAUUUCAUGGCUAGAAUGUCAAUUAUAAAAGAUGUUUUUACUAUGAUGUAAAUAUUGUUCAGGUAAAGUCUGCAAGUUAUAGACUUCAGCAAUACUCUCCAUCAUGCGAUAACGUCAGGAAAAGUGGAGCCGAAUUCCUUUGAAACAGCGCUAUUCUUUCCUAUGUUCGAAAGGGGGCACCUUUCCAUCUCUCCUUGAUCCCGUGACAUAGUCCAACGGUUAAGGAAAGGUGGCAUAAAGGUUCGGAGAUUGGAGAA